CGGCUUUUCAGAGGCGCAAUUGCCGCGAUUUCUAGCCGUCGUUGUGUCCAUAUGACGUAGAGUAUUCAUCUCUCCCUCGGCUAUGUGAUUCAGAGGCAGAUGUUCAUCAUGCACGGAGCGCCUGCCUGCUUGCAGUCGAGCAAAGGUCCAUGACUCGAGAUCACCAUCCAUUCUGACUGUCCUCUAAGCCGCCAAGACACAGCCAUCAUGAAGUUCUCCAGCGACCUGACCGCGCUGCUGUCCGCCACCUCGGCAGCGCUCGCCACCUGCGCGGCCAGCACUAACACCCCGUCUCCUCCACCGCCACCGACCUUGACACACCUGUACACGAUGAACUGCACCCUCGCCCCGGCCAUCACCAUCGGCGACGGGCCCAUCUACAACCGCGUCGCGAUCCCCAUCGUGGGGGGCACCUUCUCGGGCCCGCGCGGCCUGUCGGGCACGAUCGCGGACCUGGGCGCCGACUGGGGCGUCACCGACAAGCACGGCGUGUUCCACCCGGACACGCGGUACCACCUGUACGCCGGGGCCGAGAAGGCGGGCAUCUUUGUGCAGACGGCUGGGUCGGCGCAGCCGGACGGGCGGAUCCAGCUGCGGAUGGUGUUUGAAACGGGACACCCGGACUACUACUGGUUGAACUAUGUCGUUGCCGUGGGCAUCCUGACGGCCGGGGACGGAUAUGUGCUGAUUGACGCGUGGCAGGUCAAUAGUCCCGCGUUGUAGGAGAAGCCUUGAGAUAUCCCAGGACGUUGCGCGGAUGGUCAAAAAGGGGAGAGCAGGCA